UUUUUGAGUAAUCUAUGGCUUGAUUCUUUUCCAAAUCUUCAUCGCUACCGUCGUUAGGCUUGGAAUAUUGCUUCUGCUUGUGAAGAAGUUGUGUAGAUUGGUUAUUCUUAUCUCUUCUCAGCUUCUUUUCUCCAUUCAAACAGACUUUCCUUUUGAACUAAUUUCAGAAUGGAGAUUACUUGUUGACCCACGCUGGUUUGAAGUCUUCUUCUUUCCAGGUUCUCCUCUCCUAGCCGUCAGACCAUUCUUUGGUUUAACUGGCAUUAUCGGAUUCGGCUGGUUAUGCUUGAGCAUCCUUGCUACUUCUCUCAGCUUCAAGCUGGAAAUUCAUUUAUCUUAUUCCAACUCUUUGAACUUCCUGUACAAGUCAUCUCUUUCCUUAAUAACUUCAUCAGUCUUUUUCUGCUGGGCUCUGAUUUCCUUUUCAUUAUUUUUCUUUCACAUCUCAUAUUUUUCUUUUGAAGUCUUAACACUUUCACCAAUGUCUUCUAGGUCUUUCUUCGCUUUCUUGUCCUUCUUCUUACUAAUUUCUAGAUCUAUUUUGGCAUCCAGAUGUUGUAUUUGACUCGUGAGUUCAUCAUUUUCCUUCUCAGCUUCAGGGAGUCUUUCGCUCUGGCCAUUAACAUUAUUCUCGUUCUUCUCGUAGAGCUCUGCUUUGGAUUUUCUCCUUCCACAUUCUGAUCUCGUUGAUCAUGUUCUUGAUCUUGUAACUUGGGUCAUCAGAUUUGGCUAAAUUUUCAAGGAGUAAUUCCUUGUCUUUGAUUUCUUUCUUGAGCUUAUUGGUGGCUGCUUUGUGGUCUCUGACUUCUUGUUCCAUCUCAAUCAUUUUCCCAACCUGGCUAAUUUUAUCAAUCUUGUUCUGUAAUUUCUGGAUUUCAAUCUGAUAUGCUUCAGUCUGCUUUUGUGCAUUCUCGAUUUCUUUGUCUUUGAUUCUGAUGAUGUGUGUGGCAUUU